AUGGAGACGUCCUCACAGAGCUCAGCUGGUGGGGGGCUGUGGAACAACCCCAGAGCCACCCAGUACAGCAAGGAGACCCAGGACAUGAUGAGAUUGAUGAUGCAGGAAUCAAGGCUCACCAACCUCCAGAGAAAACAGAUCAAUGAAUGCCUCAAGAACGGAGCAGCUUUACCACUGACCUCUGACCCCACAGCAUCAGGUUCCCAGCCUCAGCCUAAAACCAGUAAAUCCAUCCAGAAACACCUGCCAGCCAAGCCUCUGAGACGCAGCGCUGAAUCUUGUCGCUCUGGGAACAGCUACAUCAGAGAAAGAUUCUGUCCUGGUCCUACAAAAGACUUAGAGAAAGAGAAGAGGAGGCUUCAGAAUAUUUUAGCAACGGGACAAGAAGAGCCCACAGUUGGAUCUUUGCAAUAUGUUGCCUGUCAGAACCGAGGGGUGGCAGAGGAGAGAGACCGGUAUCAGGAAGUUCUGGAUGAGAUAGAGGAGAGAAGACAGUUUCUGGAAGAUAUGGCCUCUCUGGGCCAGGAGAAGCAGUAUAUCCACAUCAUCAACACGGAGAUAUCCCAGAAAAUUCGAGAGCUGGAGAUGUUGAACGAGACCCGCAGUCCCAAAAAGGACCCAAUGGCAUCUGAGAGAAAAGGGCAGACUGCAGAGCAGAUAACAGAAGACAUGAACUGUAAAGAGACAGGAGGAGAUAAGACUCACAGCCGCUGA